CCUGAGUUCCUCGGGAUUUGAUCGGACAAGAUUGUUCUUGAGAUCACAAGAACGAACACUUCCAGUUCAGUUCCCGAGGUUACGAUCCUUCGGUCUCUUUGUCUUCUAUAUCCUCAAGUAACCCACAAAACAAAGAGAAAAUAGUCCGAGUUUUUUUCAAGAUUUGGAGAAAGAACGCAUAUCAGUUCCUCGAUGUUUCAGGAGAGCAUAGAAAUGACGGAGAUGUUCUUGCAUAUCCCACCCGGUUACAGAUUUCAUCCGACCGACGAAGAACUCGUCGAUUAUUACCUCAGGAAAAAGGUUGCAUGUCCUGGAAUGGAACUCAACGUCAUCAAAGAUGUCGAUCUCUACAAAAUCGAGCCAUGGGACAUUCAACAGAUAUGCGGGAGAGGCAAUGGAGAAGAGAGGGAGUGGUAUUUCUUCAGCCACAAGGACAAGAAGUAUCCGACGGGUACCCGUACUAAUAGAGCCACGGCCUCGGGGUUUUGGAAAGCCACGGGACGGGACAAGGCCAUAUACGCGAAGCACGACUUGAUCGGUAUGAGGAAGACGCUCGUGUUCUACAAAGGCCGAGCCCCGAACGGACAUAAAUCCGACUGGAUAAUGCACGAAUACCGCCUCGAGACGGACGAAAACGGUCCACCUCAAGAGGAAGGUUGGGCUGUUUGUCGAGUGUUCAAGAAGAAACCGAUCACAACGAGUAACGAUUUCAAGAAUCGGAGAUUGAUAAAUGUUGGAGAUCAAGAAUCGUGGUUCACUACUCAAAUAAACUCGUCCAUGAGAUAUCAUCACCAUCUUCCACCUCUUCUGGAAAGCCCUAGAACGUUCCAAGCAUCAUCAUCAUCAUCGGAAGAUGAUCAUAAUAGUACCAUCUAUGGUAUGAUACAUGGAAGCAGCAAUGACCCACCACCACCAAGCACAUUGAAUAAAUAUCCUUCGUUUUUGUCCGAAACAGGAGAUCAAGAUCAUGACGUUAAUGUUGCCAGUGAGAUGAUGAUGAUGAUGAACACGAGCAGUGAUCAUCAUCCACUCGUGGAUUGGCGAGAUCUCGACAAGUUUGUUGCUUCUCAGCUAAUGAACCAAGAAGUCGACGAAGAAAUCAGCAAAGCGAACGGUUCGGAUUCGUCGCAAGAAACAUUUCAUCGUGUCUCGGACAAGCAAGGAAAGCUUCCAUUGAAUGCAUCUUCUGGAUCGUGUCCGCUCUAUCCCUGGAAGUGAUAUAUCGCUAUAUAUAUAUAUGUGAUAUAUAUACACAUAAAGAGCACUCGAAGCUGCGUGUAUAUGUAAAUAUACAGAAGCCUAUAUCCGUACAAGCAUGGUACCUCACCGAAGGCUCGCGUUUUACGUGCCAUUAUUGGGAUUCAUACACGUGGUAAGGUUAAUUAUUCAUUAAGCAAACCAUAUAUAUAUAUAUAUAUAUAUAUAUAUAUAUGUGUGUGUGUGUGUGUGUGUAACUUUGCAAUUAUCUAUACUUUUUAACUUAAGUAAUUGGUCGACACUGAAAAUGGGAAGCGCACGUGAUUAAUGAAAGCGGGUUUCAUGUAAUAUACACAUGCAUCACACAAACAAAUAAAUCCAUGCCGCAAUUUCAGUCCUUAAAUCUAUAAAAGGAUGAAAAUUCACACACAAAAAACGAAGAGAGACCAUAUAAGCAACACAGCAUAAGCAUGUUCGAUUACGAGGGUCCAUACCAACAAGUGGGAAAAUCCAAAAGGAUAACAAGACACAGAGACAGACAACUAGUUAGAGAAAGUGACAUUAACGAAA